AUGUUGUUUCACCUUUCCGCGUUCUCGGUGAUUCUCAUCAUUGUCCUGGGCGCGUUCUACUAUCGUAAUCGUCUCGCACCCAUGGCACGAGUCGUCAUCCCGUAUCUCCCCACUCCGCUCGCCGCUAGGUUGUCCAAUUACACGCCGCUCACCACAUUCUCUUUCUCUGAUCAAGCUGCUGCUGGUAUCUCGUCUAGGAACUUUGAUCUCGAGGAGAAUAUCGGAGAGGGAAGUGGAGAGAAUCGAGUGGGGCUGGAUCAAGCGGGUGUGGAGGAGGUCAGGAGGAUCAUGGCCAUCGAGCGGUGCACAUUUGACCAGGCUAGACUAAUUCGACAUAACAGGAUUCUAGCGAAGAAUGGGAUAGCUCCGGAUGGCACACCGAUGGAUAAAAAGGCCAUCACAAGGCUAUCAUGA